AUGUUUAUGGGCAAAGGUAUCAAGUACAACACCAUAAUCAAUGUCCUAUCGCUUUGCAAAGACAUCACAAAUCUUUACAUAGUAUCACAUAACUCUGACAGCAUCCUUCCUGAUCUAACAUCUAUGAACCACAUCCUGGAUACCCUCCCACUCACAGCACUUUCUUUGAUCAUCGGAUCAUCACUCACUAGGCCUUCCAUGGUGAUGGUGAACACAUUCACUAAACUGACGUAUCUUGAGAUCGAGAAUGAAGGACUGCAUUGUCAUCUUGACAUGGGCACCUUCCACCAGCUGGUCAAUCAUCUUCUCCAACUUGCAAUGCUGAAAGUGCUUGUUUUCCAUGCAAGGGGUCACCGCUCAUGUGCACGGAGCCUGGAAUACUAUGGAAUCUUAGAUCUUUGCAUCAUCAUCAGACCAUCAAAGGUGUUUGCAUGGGAUCAUUUCAGGCAAGGCUCCAUAUUACUUUGGGAACUCGCUGACGAAAGGACAAACAUUCCUGGCCCUAACCACAGUAAGAGCUUGGAUAGAUCACCAGAAAGGAUUUGGAUCCGCAAUGAUUCCAGUAACGACUCAUUAGAGGAGGAGUUCACUGAUGAUGACAAGGAGGAGGAUUCCACAGAUGAGGUCAUAGACAAGAAUUCCCCCAGUGAUGAUGCAGAGGACAGCUUUCCCCCCUCCCACGUCUCCAGCUUCAGAGCCAAUAACCUUUGCAUAAGAGGCUUAACCCUUGAGGACAUGAUUCUGGCAUGGCACCAGUCUCCUUGGAGGGAGGAGUGCAAUCAUGAUCCGGAUGUGGAGAAGCUUCUUGAGCACUGCAGCAGCUCCACACCAACUGAGGCAUGGCCUUCUCCUACCCUGGGUUAUAUUAAGAUUGACAGAAACAAGACUUCACAAACUGCCAGCUCUAUGAUUGCACCCCUUGCAAGAAGCAGAGGGUCAGCCACGACCUCAACUCCACUCAGCACAUGGGCCCCUCCAGCUCACACCCACGUCCCCCCAGGCCCCCAGCACUACCCCAUUGUCACAUGCAUUCCCUCGUUUUUAAGCACUCCUGCCACACAUUGUGCUGCACAGCAUGUGGAGCUUCCCCCUUGCAUGGAGCAACACACGCCUUGUGCAAUGCCUGCUCCAGCCCUACCUACCCCCACUGCUUGUCGAAAGGCACCAGCAAAGGUGAAGAGGGAUGCAAGGCGCCAUAGACUGCACAAGCUUAACCCUGAUAGAAAGGUGGAGGAACUCAAGUGCAACACAAUGUUUGAUGCACUUACCUUUCAUGUGUCCACAACUGGCUGGCAAGGCACAAACUAUAGCUCCACUCAGGCAGGGAGGGCGCUCAGAGAGGAGUGGUAUAGCUAUGGGAUCUUGUUCCACUUAAUCAAAUUUGACAGAGUUCCAUAUCAGAAAUAA